AAUAUAUUUAUUUAUAUUAAUUUUAUCAAGCAAAUGCAUGGCACGCCGGUAUUAUAGAUAACUGAAAUCUGAAAAUAAAAUUUAGUAUUGAAUUUGAAGUGGGUGUUGUUGAAAGAAUUUGCCACAGACGAACAUUGCAAGCAGUGCAACAAGAGAAAUGGAUUUCUACUACAGUGCUGCAUCGGGUCCCUGUCGUGCCGUACUCAUGACAGCACAAGCCAUUGGAGUCGAGUUAAACAAAAUCCCUGUGGACCUACGUAAGGGUGAGCACUUAACACCCGAAUAUCUCAAGCUUAAUCCUCAACACACUGUUCCCACGUUGGUGGAUAACGGUUUUUCUGUAUGGGAUUCGCAUGCCAUUGUUAUAUAUUUGGCGGAAAAAUAUGCUAAAGAAGAUACGCUCUACCCGGCAUGCCCACAAAAGCGUGCACUCAUCAAUCAACGUCUCUACUUCGAUGUGGAACUUUAUACCGUAUUUUGGAAUUACUUUUCUGAAGCUGUGCUUAAGAAGACACUUUACAAACCAGAAAUAUUAGAAAAGGCGAAGACAAAGUUGGAAUUCUUAAAUACUCUGUUGGGUGGCAACGAGUUUGCUGUUGGAGAAUCGCUUACAGUUGCUGAUCUGUCUCUAUUGGCUACAGUAACCACUUUGGAUGUCUUCUCGACAUUACCAGGAUUCGUUGUCAACAUCAAAGAGUAUGAGAAUAUUGAGAAGUGGUACGAGAGCAUGAAGAAAGUGGCUCCGGGAUAUCAACAGAAUUUGGAUGAUGUUUUGGCAGUUAAAAAAUACUUUGUGAAAUGAGAGGGUGUUCUCAGGAGCUACACUGUAUUAAAAAUUUAAUGAUGUAAAAUAACUGUUAACUUUUUUUUAAGUUGUAGCAUUUAAAGUUUUUACAUGAAUUCGAGAAAUGCAAUUAAAAGUAAUUAUUAAACGAAAUGUA